UGCUUCUGUGGAGAAAACCUGGAGCUAAGCUUCAGGGACAAGCCGUGGGGUUUCCAGCCUGUGAUUCUCAUCCCCCCUCGUGGUUGCUGGGGGUUGUGUGUUUCCGCUUUCUUUUCUUUCUUUAUUUUGUUAUCGAGGCGACCAUAGUCUAUAUCACGAGCUCUGCUGGGCAAGUUGACCGCGAUCUUGUUUCUUUCGCUGCUGUUGCGACAACACCGGAGCAUCAAGUGGACAGCGCCGAGUGAACAGGUGAUCGUCACUGUUUCCCCAACUUCCAUUUCGCGUGCGCGCGACACCUCACAAUUUUAUAUGUCAACCAAACAUUCAGAAAUCAACUCCAAUGGCCGAACUCGAAGAGUUCCCCUCAAGGAACAGGAACAAGCGAAAAGCCUCCUCCAGCCCACCACCCUCCAACGCGGAAGCCAAGCGCUCACGGGUCGACGACUUGCCAGACUACCAUGAUGAUCACAGGGGACCUCCUCACCAAGGAGACCCUCUAGGUUAUGACAACCGAUCCCGCAGUCCAUUCCACCAAAGACAUCCCAACUCUUCUUACCCAAGAAGAGACAGCUACCGCCAACCGGCCCCGCUACCGCAGGAACCGCUGGCCCCACCACCAAAAAAGUCAGUCACCCAGGAAGAGCGCAAGCGCGGCCAGAGGCUGUUUGGUGGGAUUUUGGGGACUUUGAGCGGGCAGACGAGGGAAGGUAGUAAUUUGCAUAAACGGAGGCAGGAUAUCGAGCGGAGGCAGCAUGAGAGGGUGCAGAGGCAGGAGGUGGAGGAUGAGAAGCACAGGCGGGAGAGGUUGGAGAGGGGGAGGAGGGAGAGGAUGAUGAAUCAGAUUGAGGUGGAUGAGAAGAGUAUGCAUGCGAGGCAUGAGGAUAGGAUGGAGAAGGCGAGGUGUUUGAUGACGAGGAGUUAUCCGAGGAUUCUCUACCGCCCUUGGGAACUAACGCGGGAACAAUCACGGACGGUUAGCAAUCAGGUCCGUGAUGCGGAAGACAGGAUAGAUAGGGAGUUGGCGGUGUGGAAGAGGGAGAGGGAGAGGAGGUAUCGUGAGUUGGGGGCUCCGGUGCCGGCACCUGUACGUCCUAGGGAGGAUAGUCAUCGUCGAGAACCAGCACAUACCAGAAAGGAAGACGGCCGUCGGGAAAGAGACAGACCACGGGAACCAGCACCGAUUUCCGAAAACGAUAGCGGCGAUGAUGGUCGUCAUCAGCAGGACAGCCUGCCAAAAGAUACCCAGAUGGAGGUGGAUGACCACCAGCCCAAGAAGAACGAACAGGUUCAAGAGAAGGAGAAGGACAGUGAACAGAAGCGACGAAGCUCGGAUCAGCAUCAUGACGAGGUGAUGGUGCAGGAUGCGGAGGAUACAGUUAUUUACUAA